AUGAGGAACCCAGAGAUCAGUACAUGGCUUCAAACUGACCAGGCCAAGAAGCUUUCCAGGAGCCCGGAGGUUCUGGGCUCUCCGCAAACCUCUAUCUACGUCUCCGAGUUAUCUUUACUUCUAGUUGCAAUAACUUGGGGGGCCUUGCUUGACACAAGCUUUGACAACUCUGCUAAAGCGGCUCUUGCAGAUGCUAUUACGGAGAUGAUAAAACUUCUACUUGGACAACCCAAUACUAUCAACAAGUUUCUUGCUCUUGUUGCUAUGCUUUGCCUUGCCGAAACAAUGGGCCUGGAAGACGAACAUGCGCUAAUCCUAGGGUGUGUUGGGACAGCAGGUUCUUUGAAGCUGCAUAUGGGACCUGUAGUCGGCCAGGUGGAGAAAGCUUUGCGGAUGCUCUACUGUAUCGAUAAGUCCUAUGCAUUAAGGUGGAAAACGAUUCCGAUAGUAGAAUUGCGCAAAGUUGUCCAAGAGGCUACAUCUGAUUACUUGCUGGCAAAGAUUACGGAGCUGGCGACUGCAUUAGACAACUGGCACAAAUCGAUCACAGAGAACGCAGUUAUACCGUCACUAGAAGAGGAGGCAGCUAGACGUGUUGGACAUCAGGCUUUCUGCCAGUAUCAUGAGGCAUUGCUUCACCUGGUAAGCAUUUACCCGCGAAACCAACAUGGUCGCUCCGAUUUGCUGCACCAAAAUUACCAGAUGCCAAAAGUGCCAAAAGUGCUUUACAAGUGA